AUGUCUGGCAGUCACAUUGCGGGAAACCGCAAUAGCACCCCAGAGGCGAACACGACGCCUACUCUCCGCCCCCCCUCCUCAAGAGCUGUUGGCGCCAACAGUCACCUGAGGGCUUCCGCCGACAUGGCUGCACUCUCCAACUCGUCUCCCUCAAGCCGUAUCCGCCCGUCAUCCGACUUUUACGGUUCCCAACAGGGCCAGGGCCACGGCAAUCCUGAUACGGAUCCCCAAGACAAGAUCGCGCAGCAGUGGAUUGCCGACAUCGACCAGUAUGAGACGACUUUGGAAGAAAUGGCCGCAGCCACUUUAGACCAGGACUUCAAGGACGAGUUGAGUGCUAUCGAGCAGUGGUUUAGGGUUCUCAGCGAAGCUGAGCGCACCGCUGCUCUUUAUGCCUUGCUGCAACAGACCACACAGGUCCAGAUUCGCUUCUUCAUCCAGGUCUUGCAGCAGAUGGGCAAGAACCACCCUAUGUCGGGUGUUUUGUCCCCAGCCAACUUCGACAAAGAUCCGAUGUCGAACCGUCUCAGCGAUGCUAUGAACAAGUUGAACGUCGACUCGUCGCGGAACUCUCUUGCCCGCCCCUCGAGCACUGCGACUGGCAAGAGACAAUCAGGUCUUGAUCCGUCCACCAUCAAUGCUAUGUUCCCCGAUGCCGCUGCAGCCAUUGCGACCGAGAAGGCCAAGUUCACGCAACAGACCGGCAAUCCCCCUUCCUCUAACCGUAACAGCGCCGUUGGCGAUUCCCGCCAGUCCCUUACUGCUCCGACAAUUGCUACCCCUGGCGACAACCACGAUUCCAAUGGCCAGAACCAGGCCUCUCCUUGGACUGGCGGUGAUCAGUCUGGCCAGGGAGCUAAACCCCACGGCGGCCAGCCCCCGAUGGGUCAAUUUGUUCAGCCACCCCCGUCAAGUGGUUUGCGAUCCCCUCGCCCACAGAUCUCCGGCAAUCAGAACAUCCAGAACACUACCUUGACAGCCAGCGACAAGCCCGGGGACUUGCCCCUACUAUCUCCUUACAACCCCAGUGGUGGCAACUGGGCGUCGAUGGUUAACACUCCACUUGUCGCAAAUUUCAACCCCAACAACAGCGGCACUCAGGCGGACAUGGUCGCAAACGCCACGGCAAUGAAGUUGGCGGCACUCUCAACUGUCAACAACCGCUUCGCUCUCGACGACGUCCGUAAAUAUCGCCGUGCCCGGUCCAACGACGCUCCGGGCGCUCCCGGCCAGCAAGGAAUGCCCCAGGGCGCCCAGGGUGUCAACAUCCCCGGUGCCAACGUUGUCAUGAUCAACGAGCAUGGCCAGGUACUGAGCCGCGAGCAGAUGCUUGCUCUGCAGGCUCAGAACAUUGGCUUCGGCCAGCAUCGAUCUCGGCCCAGCUCCCCUGGCAUUGCGAUGCAACCCGGCGGCUUUGGACCUAUGGCAUUUGCUUCUCCGCAGAACAACGGUUUCCUGAGUGCCUACGACGGUGCUUCUCCCCUUCUCAACAACGGCAUUCCUUCGGUGAACGUGGGCCAGCUGGGCGUUGGCGCUCAUGAGGGUUAUCUGUCUGACCACUCCGAUAUGGUCCGCGGCCGCUCUCCCCGUGGACGAAGAGGCAGCUCGAAGCCGCCUGAAGACCCGACGGAUCCGACCUUGUUGCAAGAUAUCCCAAGCUGGCUCAGAAGCUUGCGGCUGCACAAGUACACGGAGAACCUCAAGGACAUGAAGUGGCAUGAGUUGAUCGAGCUUGACGACAAAGCUCUGGAGGACCGUGGAGUCAACGCCCUCGGAGCUAGAAGGAAGAUGCUCAAGGUUUUCGAGCAAGUCAAGGGUAGGUAUCAAGAUGAGCGGACUUUGUAA